CUGCCGAAGAAAGAGGAGCAGUUUGACUGGUGAUGAAUACAGCAUAGGCUCUUCUGCACCUAACCGUUUUCGCUCAGUUUGAUUUAACGCGCUAUGUUCUGUUAGUGUACGUUUUCCCUGACAAUUUUUAAAAAAAAAAUGUUCCGGACGUUUUGCUUCGUCUUUCUCCUGCUGCGAGUGGACUGUUCAUCAAUUAUUGAGGAAUGCAUUCGAUCGACAGGGGUGGACUACCGAGGACAAACGCAAACAACCAGUUUGGGAAACAGUUGUCUGAACUGGAACAACACUACCAGAGAUUAUGACGUCACAGCACAUGCGGACACCCUAACAGGCGUCGGAGAUCACAGUUUUUGUCGGAAUCCAGAUGCAUCCGGGCACCCGUGGUGCUAUGUGUUUGGCACGGAUGGGACGAUGCAGAGAGAGGACUGUCUGAUUCCUGCGUGUGAAGAGUCAAAUCCACUGGUCCCAGUUGCGGACUUGGACCCCACUCCAUCCUCAGAGCCGUCAGUGAAGACAGCCAAGGCCCUCCCUGCGCAGGGAGGUGGGGCCGCAGUCCAGCCAGUGAUGGGGGUGAGUCAGCGAGUCAGAACGGGCCCCAAACAGAAGAAGGACCUGGGAACACUGGGAUAUGUACUGGGCAUUCUGAUGAUGGCCAUCAUUAUUAUACUGGGAGCCGGCAUCACUGUGGGCUAUUUCUACAAACGGGGUCGUGACCUGAAGAAGCAGCAUGACCAGCGUGUGUAUGAGCGAGAGAUGCAGAGAAUCACUCUCCCUCUCUCGGCCUUUUCUAACCCCACCUGUGAGCUGGUGGAUGAGAACACCAUCGUCAUCACGGCGGGGCAGACGCCCGGACAGGAGCCCGCGGAGGGAGCGGACCCUCUCAUGGGCCAGGCGGGAACCCCCGGCGCGUGAACGCAAACACAAGACGUGAUACCGCGAGGUCAGAGUGAAACAGAAUUUUCAGAGGACCAACCGUUGGCCCACAACACACAUGCACAUCACCUUCCUGAAAAAGAGAGAGAGAGGGA